GCAGCUACCAACAACACACUCGACCUCUUCCUCUCCGUUUCCCUCACAAAUACCCUCAACUUGAGUCGCCGAAUACCCGAGCUAACUGAAGCAGACGCUUCCUAUCAUGCAGCGCCACUCGUUUCAGGCUUUGAACUCGACGUUCGUCGUCGACUCUGAGUACCAGUUCGUCAAGGAACUCGGUCAGGGAGCUUAUGGUUGCGUCGUCAGCGCAAAGCACAGGAGGACCGGCGAGGGCUGUGCCAUUAAAAAGAUCACAAACAUCAAUACCAAGAGGAUCUUGACCAAGAGAUGUUUGCGAGAAAUCAAACUGCUCCAUCAUUUCCGGAGGCACAAGAACAUCACUUGCCUCUAUGACAUGGAUAUUGUCUUCGAUGCGAGUGGGAACUUCGACGAAGUCUAUCUUUAUGAAGAACUCAUGGAGGCUGAUCUGCAUGCCAUCAUUCGAUCCGGGCAGCCUUUGUCCGAUGCCCACUUCCAAUCGUUCAUCUAUCAAACCCUUUGUGGCCUAAAGUAUAUUCACUCGGCCAACGUUCUUCAUCGCGACCUCAAACCAGGAAAUCUCCUGGUGAAUGCCGAUUGCGAGCUUAAGAUCUGUGACUUCGGUCUCGCGCGUGGCUUCAACCAGCAACAGAGGCAAGGGUUCAUGACUGAGUACGUAGCCACCAGGUGGUACCGCGCUCCCGAAAUUAUGUUGAGUUUUGCAAACUAUGCAUCUGCCAUCGACGUGUGGAGCGUUGGCUGUAUUCUCGCAGAGCUUUUGGCAGGCAAGCCUAUCUUCAAAGGCCGGGACUAUGUCGAUCAAUUGAACCAAAUCCUGCACUACCUCGGUACUCCCUCUGAGGACACUUUGAGGCGGGUCGGUUCGCCCAGGGCUCAAGACUACAUUCGCUCUCUGCCCAUCAGGCCUAGAGUUCCAUUCCAGCAGCUCUUCCCGCAAGCUAACCCGCAAGCCAUCGACUUGCUAUCGAAGAUGUUGAACUUCGAUCCUGCCAAACGAAUUACUUGCGAGCAAGCGCUUGAACACCCGUACCUUGCAGUUUGGCACGAUCCAUCUGACGAGCCCGUCUGCCCCACGACCUUCGACUUCGACUUUGAGGAAGAAGAUUCCAUCGAAGGCAUGAAAAAGCUCAUCGUCGACGAAGUCAACCUCUUCCGCCAGGAAGUCCGCGCUCAAGCACGCGCCGCCUCCCAAGGCCGCCGUCAGGACACGCUUCCCAUCCCCUCGCACGACGAUAUCGCCGCCUCACCCAUCCAGGAGGACGUCCCUGCGAACGGGGCCACGUCGGGGUACUACUCCGGUACGAACACGCCGUCGAGUCCGGUUAUGGAUGAUCCGAGCGCGGAGUUGGAGAGGGAGUUGGCGGGGACGCAUAUUGGAAGGCAGUAG